GGAGCCAAUCGGCUCCCUCUGCAGAAACGGCCUCCGCCCAUGACGCUCUUUUUUGGUUUGAACCGGUCGUCGUCAACUGCGUUUCUCGCGCGUGGGAGUCAGUAGCCAAUGGCAACUGCGGUUGCUAUGGCUUCGGCGUGUGGCGGGCUGAGCCAAUGGGAAGGCGUUUUGUUGAGCAGGUUGCUGGUAUCUGUUGGACUGGCUGUGUUUUGCUUUCGCCUCACGACUCGGUCGGAUUGUAACGGUCCUUGAGCGGGAUGGCCUCCAGUUUCAAGAAGUCAUCGCUGGGGGCUCCCUCCCAGAGGAAGAAAAGUGCACCCAAAACUGAACUCACUGAAGAACAGAAGCAAGAAAUCCGGGAGGCCUUUGAUCUUUUUGAUACUGAUGGGACUGGAAAUAUUGAUGUGAAGGAAUUGAAGGUUGCCAUGCGAGCACUUGGGUUUGAACCCAAGAAAGAUGAGAUCAAGAAAAUGAUCUUAGACAUUGAUAAGGAAGGAACUGGGAAGAUCAGCUACAAUGACUUCUUGGGAGUGAUGACCCAGAAAAUGGCUGAAAAAGAUUCAAAAGAAGAGAUUCUAAAAGCCUUCAAAUUGUUUGAUGAUGAUGAAACAGGCAAAAUCUCUUUCAAAAACCUCAAACGUGUGGCUAAGGAACUGGGGGAAAACCUUACAGAUGAAGAGCUGCAGGAAAUGAUCGAUGAAGCUGAUCGGGAUGGUGACGGGGAGGUCAAUGAACAAGAGUUUUUGCGGAUCAUGAAGAAGACCAGCUUGUACUGAGAUCUUCGGUGUACUUUCUCUGUGUUUGUCAAGUCUCUUUCUGUUUGUAAACAAAGUUCGACCUCUCCCGGUGCCUGUUUGGAAGGGAUGAGCAGCUACCUGGAUCUCACCAGCGUUGUGAAACGUCCCUUACAGUUGACUGUUUUUUCACUCUCAUAAUAUCUGUUGACUUCUCCAUCUUGCCUCUCCUGUGCUAUCCUGUAAAAUACAUAUUUGAUAUUUGCAACAGUCAUGCGAGGUGGCCUACUGGAUUAAGCCACCUUUGAAGGCGGUUGUGCGCACAGGAGUCACACAAGGAAAUGCUUUUGCCAAUGAUAAUUCAGGCGUUCCAAGAAACAAGGCUGAUUCUUUUUAAAAACUGGUUUAUAAGGGUUGAGGCUUGCGUUGUAUGGCACUUAGUACUUGCCAAAUGAAAAGAUGUCAAAGAUCUUCCAGAUCUGCUUCUGCUCCCACCCUCCCUCAAUCAGUCGCUGCCUCUGCUACCGAAGACCUUAUUCUGUUCUGAACCUGGAGUUUAGAAGCUGAGGUUGAAACGCAGUGCCUAAGCUUUUCUUUUCAACAGUCUUUGUACUUAUUAGUCUUUGUACUUUUUCAAGAGCAUUCAAUGUGAGUGUGUCUUUAAUGUCUGAAUCUUCUGGAAGCAGCCUGUAACCACUCCCCCCCCCCCAAGAUUCCUGUAACAAUGACAUUUAUUGCAGUAAAGUUAUGCAUGUCCUUCA